UUUUGUUGUUGUUGUGAGUGUAGGGUUAGAUGGUAUUUGUUUUAUUAAUAAAUAAAUAAAAUGUAAGCAGAGUAUAAGGAAGUUCUACUCCAGUCUGGUAGGUGGCGGUAAUACAACAUUCAUUGGAUGUCAACCGCCGUUAAACCUCGAAUGAGAAGUAAAAAUGCUUUUGCUUCGCUUCUAACAAGAUUACGCGUCGCUAUAAAAUAGAUAAACAAUGAGUAAUAUUUCCAAGUCCGUGUCGACUUUAGAAGAAACGAGGACUGGUCUGUGUGAUGAGUUUGUGUCCAUAACAGGAUCCGAUAGCGCCGUGGCUCAAUGCUACCUUGCUGAAAAUGACUGGGAAAUGGAGAGAGCUUUGAACUCAUUUUUCGAGGCUGACAUGGAAGCAGUUUUUACAGUGGAAGAUUCACCAAAGAAGGACAUCAGCCCCCCUAAAGUUAAAAGACAGAAGUUGGACAAACCACAGGGGAAAAUGGACUGCAUUGACCUGACCACAGAAGAGCCUGCCUGUUCCAGCAGCAGUGCCAAGUCAACCAACUCCUCCAAGUCAGUGGAACCCAAAGCUAAAGGCUCUGGCUCUGAGGAGCAGGAUGACGACAAACUGUCGCUGAUCUCUUGGAACGUAGAUGGGCUGGACACCGUGAACCUGGGAGAGCGUGCUAGAGGCCUCUGUUCUUAUCUGGCCCUCUACACCCCUGACGUGGUGUUUCUGCAGGAACUCAUUGAACCGUAUGUUCAGUACCUCAAGAAGCGAGCCGUCAGCUACACCAUCGUUGAGGGGGGCGAGGAGGGGUACUUCACUGGUUUGAUGCUGAAGAAGUCCAGGGUCAAACUCCUGAAUAGUGACAUCAUCAGCUACCCAACCACCCAGAUGAUGAGGAAUCUGCUCGUUGCUCAAGUGAAGUUCAGGGACCAGGAGCUGUGUGUGAUGACGUCACACUUUGAGAGCUGUAAGGGACAGGCAGAGGAGAGGAUGAAACAGCUGAGGGUGGUCCUGAAGAGGAUGAGGGAGGCGCCCAGUAACGUGACUGUCCUAUUUGGAGGGGACACCAACCUGAGGGACACAGAGGUUGUCAAAGUUGGAGGUCUGCCCAGUGGGGUGUGUGACGUGUGGGAGCAGCUGGGGAAGCAGGAGCACUGCAGGUACACCUGGGACACCAAGGCCAACAGUAACAAGAGUGUACCGUAUGUCAGCAGGUGUCGUUUUGACCGCGUCUACCUCCGACCGGCCAAGGAGGGCCCCGGGUCCCGGAUGACCCCAGAUCACAUGGCCCUGGUGGGCUUAGAGAAGCUGGACUGUGGUCGCUACACCAGUGAUCACUGGGGAAUCUACUGCAGCUUUAUCCCUGGCUCCUGAGACUUAAGGGUUGUGUCCCAAAUUGUUCCCUGUAGUGCACUGCUUUUGACCAGGAACCAAUAUGGGACCCUAAAUGGAACAUGUUUGUGUGUAGUGGUCCCAGCGAGGACUUGGGCUCGAGUUUGAAGAGUUAAAAUUUCCUAACGGACAGUUAAAAAGGUUAUAGUUGCUCUGAUAUUGGAUAGGUAGCAAGCACAGUCUCUGUAUGGCCACAAACGGUAGGAUCAGAGACGGCUGGCUCACCCUUUAUUGUAAUGCUAGUGCCUUGAGCCGAGGACAGGAACGGUUUCUGAAGAGGAUACAAUCUUGGCUUAGUCCUAAAUGGCUCCCUAUUUAGUGCACUAUUUUAGACCAGAGACCUAUAAAACUGGUGAAAAGGAGUGUACUGAUAUAGGGAAUAGGGGUGUCAUUUUGGACAGCAGAUGUGUAUCUCAUCAGUGUUUAAAUGCUUUCUCUCUGAAUGCUUUAUGCUUUGUCUCCUAAUAGGCUUUGGCUGUCAUUUUUAAUUUCAAUAUGUGAUUUGAAAAUUUGUUUGGUUUUAAUAGCGGAAGUCUAACAUGUGGUGAUGAUUUCCCUCCAAGUCUGUUUUUAGUCCUGUACAUUGAAAACACUUGAAUAAAAUUGGAAUAAUUACAU